AUGCCUAUUCUUGCUUCUAGACCGUAUUCUUACGUCUAUGUGGAGGGCCAACCACCUGCACCCAUCACUCUACCCCCGGAGGCCUGCUCAGGUCCGGGCAUUCCACAUUCUACCAAGGUCAUCCAGACUAUUGAACACGGUGAAGUUGUUUGCGCGGUGAUGAUAAACAGCUCCACCCGGCAUAUCUACACAGGCGGCAAGGGCACUGUAAAGUUGUGGGAUCUAGCUGCGGCUACCGCUGAAGGCGCUCCAACCGUAUCAAAGACCGCCCUUGCUACUAUGGACUGUCUCCAGGGUGGAAACUACAUCCGAUCUAUUAAGAUGGGCCAAGAUGGGAAUCUGCUGGUCGUUGGUGGAGAAUCCAACGUAGUGAGUAUUUGGGACAUGGGAGGUCCAACACCACGACCAAAGGGGGAGAUAGAUAUUGGUGUACAGGCAUGCUAUGCUGUGGCGGUUUCCAAUGACAGCAAGCUCUGUUAUUUUUGUCAGUCAGAUGGUGUGAUUUCAGUAUGGGAUCUGCACAACCAGAGCCAGAUUCGACGAUUACAGGGCCACGGAGACGGCGCAUCGUGCGUAGACUUGAGUGCGACCUGCGCUCAACUCUGGACGGGUGGAUUGGACAAGACGGUGCGCAGUUGGGACAUCCGUGAGAUGCAUCAUCAAAUGGCCCAGUUCAACUUUAACUCUCAAAUUUUCUCUCUGGCCAAGUCACCGACGGAGGAAUGGGUGGCCGCGGGUAUGGAGUCGGAUGAGAUUGAGCUGUUUGCACCGAGCCGAGUGGAUCGGUACCGAUUGCGGAUGCACGAGAGCUGUGUGUUAUCGUUGAAGUUUGCCCAUUCGGGUGCUUGGUUCGCCUCCACGGGUAAGGACUCCUGGCUCAACGCCUGGCGACCUCCGUGGGGCGCUAAUCUGUUCAGAGUGAAAGAGAGUCUCUCUGUACUGAGCUGCGACAUAUCGGCGGACGAUCGGCAUUUAGUCACAGGCAGUGGCGAUAGGAGGGCUUCUAUUUACGAAAUUACCUACUGA